ACGACCUCGUCUGCUCAAACGAUGGCGACUGUGCAAAGUGCCAGUCAAGCUACUUCAAAGCCUUUGAAUACACAAGAGCUGCAGCAGACUCUCAGUCGGCUACAAAAUGAACUACAAGCUCUCGCCAAAAAGAUCGGUGAACUAGAGUCGGAGGCAGAGGAACACGACUUGGUAUUGUCUACUUUGAACGAGGUUCUUCAGACCGACCCUCAACGAACAUGUUUCCGAAUGGUCGGAGGAGUCCUUGUCGAACGGACCGUCGCGGAUGUUGUUCCAGCAUUAGAAACUAACAAAGAGGGGAUCAAGCAAGUCGUUUCGAAUCUUUUGGCUCAAUACAAAUCCAAGGAUGAAGAGUUUGAGUCAUUGAAGAGGGAAUACAACGUCCGGCCUGUUGGAGCUGCUUGAGUGGCACAUAACUGCCUUCGGGUAUGACCUCGCUUCCGGUCAAUUGGCAGAUUGUGGAAGAAAACUCCUCAUCUCCUUCGGCACAUCCUGACGGAAAACAGGCUGAUGCACUUUUCGCCGGCGUUAUCCUAGGUUCUGACUAAAAUUACGACGGAGUGUAUUAUACAGAAGUCAAUUGUAUCAUCGAUGCGACAUCUUUUAUCGAUUUUCUCGCCACCGCGAGCUACAGAUAUCAUGCCGUCACUACUCUUUCAAACCAUUCAAUGCACUCACGAUUGCACUCGGAAAUUUCUCCUUUGGUAUACUAGGUCUGGUCCAAAGCUCCGCCGCGGCUAGCCCCAAUCUUGUCAUCAUGCCCUACAUACAUCUGUUCCUGCGAUGGAAGCUUUUUCAAGACAUAUUUGACUCGACCCCACUCGAAG